AUGACACCUGGUUACGAAUACGAUAUUAAUGAUCUGCAUCAAGAAGCUCAGGCCAGAUGGCUGAAGCCUGCAGAAGUGAUGUACAUUUUACAGAAUCAUGAAAAGUUCCAGUUCACCCAAGAGCCCCCGCAACAGCCAACCAGUGGAUCCCUGUUUCUGUUCAACAAAAGAGUCCUGCGUUUCUUCCGGAGAGACGGUCAUAACUGGCGCAAGAAAAGAGAUGGAAGAACUGUGGGAGAAGCACAUGAACGGCUGAAGGUUGGGAAUGUUGAAGCCUUAAAUUGUUACUAUGCACAUGGAGAGCAGAACCCUAGUUUCCAGAGGCGGAGCUACUGGAUGCUGGAUCCGGAAUAUGAGCAUAUUGUUCUUGUGCAUUAUCGAAACACAAGUGAGGGAAAACUCAGUUCUGGAGCCGGCGCACAACUGUCACCAAGUUCCUCUUCUGCGUUUAGUCAGAGUCCUAGCCCAUAUUCUAAUCAGAAUCCAGGGUCUACGUCAAUACUUGGUGAUUCGAAUGAACCCAAUCAGAGUUUCUCUAGUCCUGGAUCUACAGAAGUUACCUCAGAUGUAUUCGUUCUGAACAAUAAAAUGGAUCACAUGGAUGGAACCGAUGCAGAAUCAGGAACCUCAUCUGAGUUUGAGGUUAGUCAAGCUUUGCGCCGAUUGGAGAUACAAUUAAGUUUGAAUGAGGACAGCUUUGAAGAUAUUGCUCCCUUCUGCAAUAAGCAAGAAACUACAACUACAAUCGAUUCAAACCCUCAGCACAAUCAAAGGGUGAUCAACAAUCAAGAGCAAUCUGCAGCUUUCUCUGAACCUGAUGAUCAAGGGCUAUUUUAUGAUGAAUAUAGGCAAGGUUUCUCUGAAAUUGACAUUACUGCAGUAGACUUUAUAGGAGGAACAUAUUCAAAUGUGGAACAGGCUGUAAAGUUUGCUUUGUCUUCUUCAUUAUGGAAACAUCAUCUGGAGAGAGAGGAAGACCAUGGUUACCCUGAUGGACAUGAAAAAGCUUUAUGGACAGGGGUGCUGGAAUCAUGUAAGUCCUCAACUGCUGUCAACUUACGGUCGAAAAAUGUAUACAUGACAGCUGGAAAUGAAAAUUCAGUAUCUUCUUGGAGAAGGGUACAAGAACCAGUUUCCAACCAGGAAAACAGUCACUGGCUCAACUUCAACAGCAAUAAUUCUCAGAGCUCAGCUGUUUUCUCACCACCUCAAGGUGUUGAUGAAGUCAAAUUUCCUGCAUAUUCUUCUAUGGUGGAAACACGAGUAAUUAAUUCAGACUACUAUGAAACAUUGUUUGACCAAAGCCCAAUUGUAGCACCUCUAUAUGCAGAUUCAAGCUUGACUGUUGCACAAAAACAGAAAUUUACUAUUAAGACAAUAUCCCCAGAAUGGAGUUAUGCCACUGAGACUACUAAGGUCAUCAUUGUUGGGUCUUUUCUCUGUCAUCCGUCAGAUUCUACCUGGGCUUGCAUGCUUGGUGAUGUUGAAGUUCCUGUUGAGAUAAUUCAAGAUGGUGUAAUCUGUUGUGAAGCUCCACCUCACCUUCCUGGAAAGGUUACUCUGUGCAUUACUUCUGGAAACCGGGAGUCCUGCAGUGAAGUCAGAGAGUAUGAAUAUCGUGAUAAGACCUAUAGUUGCACCCGGUGUACUCAAUUGGAAACAGAAUCCACUAGAAGUCCUGAAGAGCUGUUAUUACUUGUUAGAUUAGGUCAGAUGCUUCUUUCUGCAUCAACAAUAAACAAUGACAACAUAGAAUCUGGAAUUCCUCUCAUAAAACAGAAAGCUGAUGAUGACUCAUGGAGCCAUAUUAUAGAAGCUCUUCUAGUUGGCAGUGGAACUUCGACUGGGACUAUUGAUUGGCUUCUUGAAGAGCUUCUAAAGGAUAAGCUUCAACAGUGGCUUUCUUGCAGAUGUCAGGAAAGAGAUGAAGAAACAGGCUGCUCUUUGUCCAAGAAAGAGCAAGGGAUAAUUCACAUGGUUGCUGGGUUGGGUUUUGAGUGGGCCUUAAACCCUAUUCUUCGUUGUGGAAUGAAUAUAAAUUUCCGUGAUAUCAACGGGUGGACUGCCCUUCAUUGGGCUGCACGAUUCGGAAGGGAAAAAAUGGUUGCUUCACUUGUUGCUUCUGGAGCAUCUGCUGGAGCUGUGACAGAUCCAACUGCACAAGAUCCAAUCGGUAAAACUGCUGCAUCUAUUGCAGCCAGCAAAGGGAACAAGGGACUAGCAGGGUAUCUUUCAGAGGUAGCUGUGACAAGCCAUCUAUCAUCACUUACACUGGAAGAGAGUGAAUUAUGCAAAAAUUCUGCUGAGCUUCAGGCAGAUAUGACUGUUACCAGUGUUUCCAAUGAAAAUCUUGCUGCCAAUGAGGAUCAGGCGUCACUCAAAGAUACCUUGGCUGCCAUCAGAAAUGUAACUCAGGCAGCUGCGCGGAUACAAUCUGCUUUUCGCUCACAUUCUUUUAGAAAACGGAGAGCAAGAGAAGCAGCUGCUGGUAUAGAUAGAUAUGGUUCGAGUGCAGGUGGCAUUGGUAGCAUUCCAGAAAUUUCUGCUCUGUCAAAACUUGCCUUUCGGAAUUCACGUGAAAAUAAUUCAGCUGCUUUAUCAAUUCAGAAGAAAUAUCGUGGUUGGAAAGGUCGCAAAGAUUUCUUAACAUUGCGCCAAAAAGUAGUGAAGAUACAGGCUCAUGUGAGGGGUUACCAGGUUAGGAAGCAUUACAAGGUAAUAUGGGCAGUUGGAAUCUUGGACAAGGUUGUGCUACGAUGGAGAAGAAAAGGAGCUGGUUUACGAGGUUUCCGACAAGAGAUGGACAUAAAUGAAAAUGAAGAUGAAGAUAUUCUCAAGGUGUUCCGAAAACAGAACGUUGACGUAGAAAUUGAAAAGGCUGUUUCACGGGUGCUGUCCAUGGUCGACUCACCAGAUGCUCGUGAGCAAUAUCAUCGCAUGCUUGAGAAAUAUCAGCAAGCUAAGGCUGAACUUGCGGGGACCAGUGACGAAGCAUCAUCAACAGCCUCUGUGGGGAAUGCGUUAUUUAUGGAAGAUGAUGUUUAUCCAUUUCCCUAG